AUGUCUUUAUCACUUCACACAUUACCCGUCGAACUGACAUUCACCACAUUUGAGAUUCAUUGGUAUCAAAUCGGUGACAAAGGUGCAAAGCAUCUUGCAAAUACUCUUCAACGAAACGAGACACUGACCACACUCAACCUCUAUGGUAAUGGAAUCAGUGAUGAAGGAGCACAAUAUUUGGCAAAUGCUCUACAACGAAAUAAAGUAACACAACUCGUAGUACUCUUUUCCUUAUGUAGUCAUCCAUUCAUUCAUUAUUUUUCACAGACACUGACCACACUUUAUCUCGGAGAGAACCGUAUUGGUAAUGAAGGAGCUAAGCAGUUUGCGAAUGCUCUACAACAAAAUCAGACACUUACCUACCUUAAUCUCUACGGCAAUAAUAUUGGUGAUGAAGGUGGAGAAUAUCUUGCUAAUGCUCUACAACGAAACAAAACAUUAACCGAACUUGAUCUCAUCAGCAAUCAAAUCGGUGACAACAUACUACGACGUAUCAAUGAGAUUCUUCAAAACAGAGCACGAUUGAAAAGAUGA